AUGACGGAGGCGAGGGCGAUCACGGAAAAAAAGGCGUCUAACCCGAUGCGUGAGAUCGUGGUGAAGAAGCUCUGCAUGAACAUCUGCGUUGGUGAGUCGGGUGACCGUCUUACGCGCGCCUCUAAGGUGUUGGAGCAGCUGUGCGAGCAGACCCCUGUGCUCUCGCGUGCACGCCUGACGGUGCGUACCUUCGGCAUCCGCCGUAACGAGAAGAUCGCUGUGCACUGCACCGUCCGUGGCAAGAAGGCGGAGGAGCUGCUGGAGAAGGGCCUCAAGGUGAAGGAGUUCGAGCUGAAGAGCUACAACUUCUCCGACACGGGCUCCUUCGGUUUUGGCAUCAGCGAGCACAUCGACCUUGGCAUCAAGUACGACCCGUCCACUGGCAUUUACGGCAUGGACUUCUACGUCGUGCUCGGCCGCCGUGGUGAGCGUGUGGCGCACCGCAAGCGCAAGACGAGCCGCGUGGGUUACAGCCACCGCGUGCGGAAAGAGGAGGCGAUGAAGUGGUUCGAGAAGGUCCACGAUGGCAUCAUCUUCCAGGCGAAGAAGAAGAAGACGAUGGUGCGCCGCCGUCGCCGUUAA